AUGUUUAAUGGAUAUUAAUAACACGAUGCUUAGGAAUUUCUUGCUUUAUUUUUAGAUGUAGUUCACGAAGAUUUAAAUAGAGUAAAAGUCAAAAUAUUAACUCAAGAAAUUGAAUCUGAAGGGAAAGAUGAUUAAUUAUUAUCUAAAUUACAUUGGGAAAAUCACUUAAAAAGAAAUUCAAGUGUUAUUGUUGACCUAAUAUAAGUUUCUUGUUAAGAAUAAUUUCAUUUUAAUAUCAAUCAAAACACUACUAUUGAAAUUUUGAUUGAAUUUAUGAGUAGAAAGCACAAUAUUAAUAAAAAUAAACUACUUUUUUGUUCAUUAACUUCAUUUAGACCUGUUUUAUAUGAGUUAGAUGAAGAUACUUCCCAAAUUGAAUUUUCUUAAUGUCUUCUAAUUCCAGUAUUUUGUGGAAAUAGUAAUUGUAAUAAUUGCGAACUUCCUUUUUCAGAUGAAAUAACCUUAUAAUAAAUUGUUGAUAAAAUAAUUGAUAAAUCAUCGUUUUGA